UUGCCCAUAGUCUUCACCGGCUAGAAAAUUGGCUUUGGUUGAGUUCGAUUCAGAAUCUUCAGAGCAUUCAUUUGUUACUUGUGUCUUAAUUUCUCACAGCAAUUUGUAAAUUACAUAGGCCGCACCUUUACAGACCUGAAGAAAGAUGUCUCAGGAAGAAAGUCUACCAGAGGGAUGGGAAGCUCGCAAGAGCCGGAGCACGGGUAUGACAUAUUACUUGAACUCACACACUAAAAAGUCGCAGUGGGAGAAACCUGAGGGCCCUGCUCCCAUGGAAGAGGAAGAGGAUGAUGGCAGCUCUCCAAAGAAGGUGCAGUGCAGCCACUUGCUGGUGAAGCAUGAAGGUAGCCGGCGCCCAUCAUCAUGGCGCGAGGAUAACAUCACUCGCUCUAAGGAGGAGGCACUAGCCAUUCUCUCAGAGUAUCGUCAGAAGAUUGUCAACAAAGAAGUGACAUUUGAAGAGUUGGCCAAACAGUACUCUGAUUGCUCAUCAGCAAAGCGUGACGGUGAUCUGGGCAUGUUUAAGAGGGGGCAAAUGCAGAAGCCUUUUGAGGAUUGCGCCUUCGCCCUGAAGAUAGGGCAGCUCAGCCAGCCUGUUGAGACGGAUUCAGGAGUCCACAUUAUUCUCCGAACUGCCUAAAUCUAUCAGCAACUAUUGAUACAGAGGUUCAUGUCUUAUUUUAUUGCAACAUUUGAACUGUUUACAACUAUUUCGGAGCUUCAUGUAAUAUUUUGUGUCAUUAACUAGCAAAAUCAAUGAUUA